GAGGGGCCGGGCUCUCCUAUAGCAGCUGAGGCGGAUCCGCGGCUUGAUUACCGCGCGCACCAGAAUCCAACAUAAUUGAUGACCUAAUUGGAAAACAGGAGGGGGAGGAGGGGGAGGACAGCGACGGAGGAGACGCGCUCCAAUGAGAAAGUUUAUUUGUUCUCCCGCAGAAAGCCACAGCCAAGGGCAUUGAUGUGAGCAGGGAGGUUUUACGCGCACUUCUUUUUCCCCCCCUCGUUUCACCCUCACAGAGCACACAUCACUUUUCUCACCUUUAGUUUAGUUUUCUUUUUUCAUGAAUGAUUCUCUCUCGCAACGUACCAUCGGAUGCCUCCUCGUCUGCUGCACGAACUCACCUCGGCACGUCUUUGCUGAAGUUAAAACGCCACCAGGACUCGCUCUGCAACUACAAACGCACUUGGGGGAAAUACUCGGCGAGGAAAACCUUCGUACUCUCUUCCACUGUCACCGAAGUAACCCUCAGCAUGAGUCUCAAGUCCGACGCCGAGCCCAAUAACAACGUGUCCAUUGAAGAGGAGGUACGAACGCUGUUUGUCAGUGGCCUACCAGUUGAUAUCAAACCACGGGAACUCUACCUUCUCUUCAGACCAUUUAAGGGUUAUGAAGGGUCACUGAUUAAGUUAACUUCAAAACAGCCUGUUGGGUUUGUAACCUUUGACAGUCGGUCUGGAGCUGAAGCUGCAAAAAAUGCCUUAAAUGGUAUCCGUUUUGACCCCGAAAGCCCCCAGACCCUGCGCUUAGAGUUUGCUAAAGCCAACACGAAGAUGGCAAAGAGUAAGCUGAUGGCCACACCGAACCCCACAAAUAUCCACCCUGCUCUAGGAGCACACUUCAUUGCACGGGACCCAUAUGACCUGGCAGGGGCAGCACUGAUCCCAGCGUCACCUGACGCAUGGACCCCCUACCCCUUGUACACCACGGAGCUGACCCCUGGCCUUCCUCAUGCGGCCUUCACCUAUCCAGCAGCCGCGGCAGCAGCUGCAGCCCUCCACGCCCAGGUGAGGGACCAACCGAUGCGCUGGUACCCAACUCCGUCUGAAACUUCCCAGCCUGGAUGGAAGUCCCGGCAGUUUUGUUAGAUAUUUAGCCUCUGGGGAAACCACACCUUCGUCCACCUGAAGUGAGGUUUGCCAAGGUCUCCAGUAAUUUAAUCAGGUUUAUUUUAUGGACAAAUGUGCAUUAUAAACAUACAGUAUUUAUAUAUUCCUCCCAAUUGUCUCUGGGGGUGGAACCUUGAAUUGAAACCAUCUUACUGUUUUGAUAGUCCGAGUUUGUGAUUCCUUUCUGGCAACUUUUGUGGUACCGUCUUAGCAUUUCAAAAAAAAAAGCAGAAAAAAAAGAGCUCAUGCAAACGAACUCAAUGGAUAAGAAUUGCUGAGUAACCUGACAUGUUGACGUUACCAUUAAGAUUUUCCUUCCAUGGUUAUUGCAGUGGGGAGGAUUAGAAGUUAAUCAUUGCAUGCUAGUCAUUUUGGCAUGAAUUUAGAAUGCAGAGUUGUGUAUUCUGAUUUUCUUAGUGUUUGUGCUGCCUAGACAGUGUUUUUUUGUUUGCCCCCCCCCCCCUGUAGACCCUAGGUUUUACCUCCUGUGAAAGGUAGGCUGUUGCAUACAUGGCUUAUCUCGCAUGGACCUUGUGAAUGCAUCCCUAAGUUCUGACAGUCCCAGUCUUUAGCCUGAUCAUAUCAAUGUCUUAUUUCAGCGAAAGGAAGUACAAAUAUUUUUGUACUCUCUGCGUAAUGUAUAUUUAUGCAUUUUGUGCAACUACAAUAAUGAACCUGUAUAAGUUGGAUGUUUAGUUGUCUCUUGCGUUUAUGGUGUUUGAGCCUAUAAUCCUGUUGAAGUAGUUUAAAAAAAAAGUGCAAUUGUAUUUGUUUAAAGUGGGAGUGGUUAUCUAUCACAAAACGUAAGUAUUCUGAACGUGGCUUUUGCCAUCUUGACUGCUAAAAUGAGAUUGCUGUAAAAUGCUGUUCUUUCAGAAUGUGAAACUGGACUACAAACGUAAAAGGGUUUUCUGGGGGGGUGGGGGGCAUUUUUGAAACGGGAACGCAGGAUUAGAAGAGAUGGACUGAAGUUUGUGGUUUAGAAACAUGUUUGUCUUUGUAUCUGCUGUGCAUAAGAUGUACAAAUAAACCAUCUUAUGAAUAAAACGAGCAAAUAAAAUGUCUUCAUGCAUGCU